AUGGCUUCUGCAGGUGAUCUCAAGACUACGUCCCUUGUGGAAUCCAACCGUGUCUUCUGGGACACAAACGCCAGCACAUUCUUUGAGCAAGACUGGCUCAAGGUCUUGACCGAACAACUAGCCCAGUUCCUUCGCACCCAAGCCCCGAACUUGGGCCUCCGUCCUCGUGAUGCCUCAAACCCAGUCAGACUGCUGGACUAUGCUUGCGCAUCCGGAGGCGCUUCCUGGGCUCUGGCACCCUUCGUCGACGAGAUUUUAGGCAUAGACGUCGCCCCAGCAAUUGUAGUCCGCUUCAACGAAUGCGCAUCCCGCCUGGGCUACGAGCCCUCCCAGGCUCACGCCAUCGUAGGCGAUCUCACCACCGACGCAUCCCUCGCGGCUCCCGAGUCAUUCGAUGCCGCAAUCAUCUCCCUGGCACUCCACCAUCUCGAUGACCCGCCCGACAUGCUGGUUCGCCUCACGGAGCGUCUCAAGCCCGGUGGCGUUCUCAUCGCUGUCGAAGGCGUGGAUGUCAAUGAACAGCCAGCGGCAUGGGACGUCCAGGGAGCGGAGCAUUCCCAUGCACAUGGAGCUCACCACGACACGCACGCUGGUCAUCAGCAUGAUGUGCUAAAGACCACCAAUCAUCAUGUGUUUGGUGAAGCGAUUUUCCGGAAAUGGUUUGCGGAUGCCGGAUGUGACGAUGGCAAAUUUGUGUACAUCGUCAAUAAUGAAGUCAGUCAUGUACCCGAGAAAGUCACUGGACGGCCUGGCGGGUUGAAAAGGAAGCUGGUAAUUGCGGCUGCGACGAAGAGCAUUAGACUAGCGGACUUGUAG